ACACCUUUAAUAAUAAGCAGUGAACCCCGGCGCCUACCACCGAGAGCACAUAGGGCGCUCGACAACCUGGUACAGCUGAGCUGAGCCGGUAAAAAGCCGACGUCUGUGUUUACGAUAGAAACAACCACAGACAACAAGAGAAGACCGAGACUGUGGUUGAAUAAAGGACGACAAAAGGCGUGAAGAAAGGGAGGGGGUCAAUUGGAUCACUUAUUACCGACCAACGCUGCUCUUAUUCUGCCACGCUCCUUCAUGCUGUUGCGGGAGUGUAAAACAACCGGCGCGCAAAGUUGCUGAGCCGAUCCGCUUCCUUUAUCAAGAGUUGAACGUAUGUGGAGGAUCGAUCUGUUCUCCUGUGGAUUUCAGACCCCAACACAGCGUCUUUGUCUGUGGAUGAGCAAUGCCUGUUGGAUGGUAACAUUGCCUGCGAGGAGACAACACCGUGCCACAUGCGCCCGGAAGAUAUGGAUUCGAUUUCACUAUAGCAAAAAUUUGCCGCUUUUUUUUUUUAAUAAUAUUAUUUUUUUUGACUGUUUGCUCAUUCUUUUUUUAAAACAUUGUUUUAUUAGCAUUUUAACCGACGCCUGGGCUUUUUAGACUUUUGUGGAGUUACAAUCAUGAACAUUGUUUUUAGUUUUGUACAAAUUCUCCUGGCAGCAGUUCUUCAUCUAUCCACUGUAAAGACUGCCAGCAUUAACAAGGGAGUGGAUAAGAGUAAAAAUGAAGUUAUCCAACUGACAGAUGUCAUCAUGAAGAGUAGGUGCCAGCCCAGAGAAAUUCUUGUGGACAUCUCCCAGGAGUAUCCGGAGGACACCGAACACACGUACACGCCUUCCUGUGUAGUCCUCACUCGGUGUGGAGGCUGCUGCAACGAUGAGGCGAUGGAGUGCGUGCCAUCUGAAACUCGCAAUGUUACGUUACAAGUAAUGCGGAUCAGAUCACUGGUCACGCAACAUAAAAUUCAACUGAGCUUCACAGAGCAUAAAAAGUGUGACUGCAGACUAAAGCCCGAAGUUCAAGCAAAGAAAGAAAAAGAAUACCACUGUGCGCCUUGUUCAGAGAGAAGAAAGCGCUUGUUUGUGCAGGACCCUCUCACCUGUAAAUGCUCCUGCAAAUUCACACAAUUAGACUGCAAGUCCAGGCAGCUUGAAUUAAACGAAAGAACUUGCAGAUGUGACAAACUGAGGAGAUGAGACCAGGAGGCGCAGACUACACUGUUAUGAAGGAAUUCUUUUUCGCACAGCACUUUGAAAUCUGAGGAUGCAUUCCCUGCAAGGACACUCAAGGACAAUGCAAGACAGGACCUUCUCCAUUCUGAUCUUGCCACCGUCUUUUUUCCAUCUAACGCUAUAUAUAUAUAUAUAUAUAUAUAUAUAUAUAUAUAUAUAUAUAUAUAUAUAUAUAUAUAUAUAUAUAUAUAUAUAUAUAUAUAUGUGCAUAUACUCUAAGUACAGUACAUCAACAGUGUGUAUUGCUGCUACUAUUUAAAACGAAUGCGCUGUCGGCGUGUGAAUGGGAAAAUGUGACAGAGCUCCCGGAUAAAAUUGGGGAAAAGACAUUUUACUUUAUUUUAUGUAAGACUUCACUGGAUGCUGGUCUGCUGUGGACAUGAACCCGAUAUACGUCUCACAUUCUGGAAAAUUUGGUGACCACAAUGUCAUCCAACAAAAGCCGAUCUUGCCUGAAGGGCCCGAAUGGGAGCGGCUGGAUCACCAAAUUCUGAUGGGGAUACCUGCGGCACUUGAACUGUAUGGCAGGUUUCCCAACGUGUUCUUCUCUGUGACAUGAUGAGACGUUUUGUCUGUACUGUAGGACGCGACAGCAGUUAAUGUGAGAGUAUAACGACAGAAUUUGACACAACUGCUGACACAGGUUACGUGCUGUGGUGACGAAUAAUGUGACCUUCCCAAAUAGAAGUUCAGUGACGAUGGCAUGAACCCAAAGAGAGGUUCGCCAAGAAAGUUUGAUCGGAAUCUUGGCGAAAACGACCUAUGAUGCUCGUUUGGAAAGAUGAACGUUUUGUCAGGGUGUAAAUGUGUCAAACCACUAUCUGUCUGGUCCUGCCUCCAACACACAACUUUUUGGGGUUGGAAAAGAUAUUUUUAUUGACAUGCACAGUAUAUUAUUUGUAUUUUUAUUUAGACAUUGUGUUAAUUUCACAACAUGUUUUGAGACCAUGCUAAAGGGAUAUUAAUGUAGGUAUAUAUGACAAAGGGUAGUGACUAGAUGAGCUGAGAAUAGGUCAGUCUAGGAACCCCCCCGCCCCCGAACCAUGCUGUUGUUGUAUUCAAUGACUUUGUCUGCGCUCCAAAGAAAGUCAUGCCUCCACAGCAGAGCAAUUUAUUGGUAACGGUCUGUAUAUACUUACUGGAUAUCCCUUUUUCAAAUGUCAUUUAAUUUAUAGAAUGUGUUCAGUAUUCUGUAUUAUAAUAUUUAUAUGAAUUGUUACAGUGAUUUUAGUUUUUCCUCCCUUUCAAUCUGCCUUGAGAUCGAACAUGUUUGACUGUGGAUUUUUGUGGGGUGGGAAAGGACUGAAAACAAAGCUUUGACAUUCCUGAUUUUUAAAUUGAAGCUAUGUUACUCAACAGCCGAAGGAGGGUGUGAAGGUUGCGGGGUAGGGUGGAGGGGGAGGGAGGAGGGUGUGUGUGUGUGUGGUUUAGGGGCAUAAUGGGGCAUUUGACCGAUGGAAACCCCAGUCACAAGUAUGUGCGGAUGAUGCACCAGCACAGGUGCUUUUCAUUUUGGACUCGGGACUCGGGCAAUGGACAUGUGGUUUUUCACUUGCUUGCCCGGAGACACAUCAUAUUCAGGACUGAAGGAGUGUAGUUGCUGCUGCUACUCAGCUUGGACCUAAUUGUGUGAAGAUUCUCGUCUGUCGGGCUCUAGUCUGAAGGUGGUGAACUGGCACGGUACUUUCACUGGCUUUUCUGACAAGCGCAAGUGUCACUCAAGUAUUUUGUUUAACCAGGAGGACAUCCCGUCAUGAGGAAAUGCAAACUUUGCAAUUGAAUUGUUACCAUUAGAGGUCAACUCACUUUCCGAAUUCAAAUCAGUAUCGUAUGUAAAAAGUUCAGGCAAUAGAUGAGGCAUGACAUACAUGACAUGUACAGCACUCCAAACAUAGAGGCAAAUGUUUCCCAACGCCACACAUUACACAACGAGCCGUUUUCUGCCAGUUGCAAGACUGUUUAUCAGCCAUGUGAGCCAGCAGUAAAUCCUGAUAUUGCCACCCUCAAACUAAAGUCCUGAGACUGAGUUCACUCCUAUCAGCUGGGUCAGAGGCAAUGCCUCUCAAGUCCUCGGUUGAUGAGAACAUUCUUUUUUUGUAUUUAAAUAAAACAAUUGUGUUGAGUUUUUACAGCCACAAUUUUUUUGUAUAUUUUCACAUUAAUAUAUUUAUUUGUGCUGUAAAUUCUUUGACACUAUUAAUACUGUUUUUGUUAUUUCUAGUGUAACUAUUAAACAUAUUUAUUUUUAAAAGA